UGUACCUUCCACCAAACCAAGGCAUCUUUUGAUGGCUCUUCUGUACAGCUGUCUCGAGCUGACAUCUAUUCUCCUUCUCUUCCCACUCCCUUCGUUUGUGAAAGAGAAGACACCAACCGCUCAUGAAAUCGGCGUCCGCUCGACAUGCCUUUCAUAUGACGUCGGUCUGCAUCUGAGGAGCUCUGGACGACGGACAUUUAUGCUGUAUUUUGGAAUUAGAUAAACAGACAACCAUAUUUUCCAUCUCUUCUUGAGUGCCUUGGCUUGAACAGAGCAACAGUAUGGAUCUGUCAUUCAUGGCUGCGCAGAUACCCGUCAUGACGGGGGCCUUCAUGGACUCCUCGCCCAACGACGACUACAGCGGCGAACACUCGCUUUUCAACUCCUCGGCCAGCGUCCACGCCGCCAACUCCACAGCCUCGGCCCAAGCCCAACAGGAAGAGCAGCAGGCCAUGUCCAGUGAUGCCGUCUGGCUUUGGAUCGCCAUUGUGGCCACCAUCGGCAACAUUGUGGUCGUGGGAGUGGUGUACGCCUUCACCUUCUGAUCCCCUUAAUAUCCCCCCCGAGCCUCCAAACUCACCCCAACAACUCAAAACUUCCUGUUGGGAAUGUGAUAAGGGGACAAAAACAGAUGGAUUCUCCCUGUGACUCCCUAAAGCAAGUCCCGUAAUGCAAACACUAAUUAUUGGAUUAUGGAUUAAGCAGUCAGUUGGCAGUUGGCAGUACUAAUCAUACCAACGUAUGCAUAUUAGGGAGGGUAAGAAAAGGCUGUGUUCACAACAGGUUUAUACAAUCCAACCCAGUCUAUCAGUGUUGUGUCAUUGAAAUGCAGAGCGGUGAGAAAAGAGAGAUGAGAAGGGGAUUGAGAUGAAGGACAAACUGGACCAUCUUAAAUCCCCCCCUACACCAGGCAAUUUAGGAGAGCGCUGCUCGAUCAUUCGGCUGAACAGAGGUGGUGAAUCAUUGUCAACAUCAGAAAGAGGUAUCAAAGAGGGAUUACUCCAGCAGCAAACUGGGUAAACACAGUUUUGUCUGGAGUAUUGUUGUAUUCUGGACCAUUGAGGUGUGGUGAGGGCCCUUCUCUUGGCAGAUCAUUGGUAAUGUUGAUUGAUGUUAAAUAUUCACUGCUGCCACAUGCUUGUGUGACAGCUCGUAGUCGCGCUGCAAGACUAUACUUGAGGAGUGAGUAUAACUAAUUCACAUCAGUUACAAUCGUGACACCUGAUUUGUUCAGAACGAAAAUCUCUUCAUUUUUCCGGCAGACCAAAUUCAAGACGUUUACAAGAGCCUACUGUCAUAUCUACUGUUGAUGUAUUACUGAUGUGCCGUGCAAGGGUGAAACAGAAAGAACCAAAGCACACUGUAGGCCUAGAUCAUCUAAAAGGAAUACUGCUCUGUACUGUUCAAGUAUUCAUACCCAGAUAACUAUUCUCCCCUUCACUUACAUGGAAGGAGGAACAUAUCUGACCUAGAAGUUGUUUGUGUCUAUCAAUCUGCAAUUUCAAAUAUAAAUUUAGUGACAGAAUUAGCUUUGUGCUGCCUGGAAGUCCAGAGGCAGACGUUUCCAUGGAGAUUAAUCCUCCACCUAAUUGACAAUGUUAACUUUGUUCUCCUUCAGACACACGCGAGAGCCUGUCACGUGGGUGUUCAUGAAAGUUAAAUUACCUCCCAGUUGAAUAAAUAAACACAUACAGACAAGCCUAGGAAGAAGGUAACCUUUAAAAGCUAGCAAAGUCACAUCAUAUUCUGAUCCUGAUCACUGAUUUCCAUCUGCUUCCUGUUUAGAAAAUCAGACAACACACACUUAAAACUGCAUUAAUAGAGCAGUACCAAGCAUUGUCUCUAUGAGUUGGAAUUAAUCAUAAUUUUAUUAGAUAUUAGAUUUAGUAAACAUCUCAUGAUAUGCAAAAUAUACAACUCUGUUAAUGACUUUAUCAGUCUAGCAUAAUUAUGUAUAAUAUUUCCCUCCAAGAGAUGAGGUGUUAAUAUCAACAAUAUCUACCACAUAAAAAGAAAGACUUGGAAUAGUUUGGUUUUAUUCAGUAAUGUUUCUUAUCUGAUAUGGAAAAAGAAGACUUUGUAGUUAUUUCUAGGAAUGUUGUAGAGGGUUUCCCAUGUCUUGGUGUAAACACUGUCCAUAACUGUUGUUGGUGCAGUGUAAAGAUACAUUUCAUUCACCGACUUUACAUUCCCUAGCUAUGAAAGAACUGCAAGAACAUUUUGUUAUUUAGAUCCCUAAAUAAUAUUGGUAAUAUUGUUGAGAGAAAGUCAUUUUUUAAGACUGUAGUUUUAUUUUUAUUAAGAAUUUGCUGUGUAAGUGUUCAGAAAUGUUGUAAUUCACCGACACAAUACUCUUUUUUGUAAGAACA